AUGCUCCAACAAAAUGGCAUCCACGAAGCCGCUUCAAUCCCAUCAUCUCUCCUGAAAGUGAAAAAGCUCUCUGAAAGCACACUUUGCUCUCUAAAUGCUCUAUGCUUGCCUCUGGCUAUGAUCUCUCCAGUGUUGCACAGUGCCUCAGAGACAGGGGUUCCAGCUAGAGGAAAAGCCCUUAUCCCUACAGAUUUGAGCUUUGCUAUACCUGAAGGAACUUAUGCUCGUAUUGGAUUGGCAUGGAAGCACUCGAUUGAUGUGGAUGCUAGUGUCAUAGAUGCUGAUUACAGAGGCCCUGUUGGUGUCAACCGAUCUUCAAAGCAUUCAUUUUGA